AGCAGUCGUGGUAUCUGGGUGUGGCCGGGUACUGCUGGAGCAGCUCCCGCCUGACAGGGAACCGAGCGGGGAGCGGCAGCGGCGGGGAGCCGGAGACAGCACGAGGUACUGACUGAGCACUAAAGGGGAUCACACAGGACUAUAGCUUUCUGACCAGCCGCGGUCUUCUCGUCGCUAAUCAUGUCUGGGAACUACGACGAUUCGGUUGGGGUGGAAGUGUCCAGCGACAGCUUCUGGGAGAUUGGCAAUUACAAGCGCGCAGUCAAGAGGAUAGAUGAUGGGCACAGACUCUGCAAUGACUUAAUGAACUGUAUCCACGAGCGGGCAAAGAUCGAGAAGGUCUACGCACAGCAGCUGACCGAGUGGGCCAAGCGCUGGAAGCAGCUGGUGGAGAAAGGCCCCCAGUACGGCACAGUGGAGAAGGCCUGGCAUGCUGUGAUGACGGAGGCUGAACGGGUCAGUGAGUUCCACCUAGAGGUGAAGAACGCUCUGAUGAACGACGACUUUGAGAAGAUGAAGAACUGGCAGAAAGAGGCCUACCACAAACAGAUGAUGGGAGGGUUUAAGGAGACCAAAGAGGCUGAAGAUGGCUUCAGGAAAGCACAGAAGCCGUGGGCAAAGAAACUGAAAGAGGUUGAGGGGUGUAAGAAAAUCUACCAUGCUGCCUGUAAGGAAGAGAAGCUGGCCAUCUCGCGGGAGACCAACAGCAAAGCCGACCCCGCUCUCAACCCCGAGCAGCUGAAGAAACUCCAAGACAAGGUGGAGAAGAGCAAACAGGACUCUCAGAAGAGCAAAGAGAAGUACGAGAAAUCUCUGAAAGACCUGGACGCGGCCACUCCGCAGUAUAUGGAGAACAUGGAGCAGGUGUUUGAGCAGUGUCAGCAGUUUGAGGAUAAGCGACUACGCUACUUCCGAGACCUGCUCCUGGACGUUGAGAAACACCUUGACCUGUCCAAUUUGGAGGGGUACUCCAGCAUAUACAGAGACCUGGAGUACUCUAUAAAAUCGGCGGAUGUCCUUGAGGACCUAAAAUGGUUCAAGAACAAUCACGGCCCAGGGAUGUCCAUGAACUGGCCCCAGUUUGAGGAAUGGUCUGCCGACUUAAACCGUACCUUAAGUAGAAGAGAGAAAAAGAAACCAGGAGAGGGGGUCACUUUAACUGGAAUCAGUCAAGCGGGCGAGCAGUCCACCCUCCAGAAUAAACACAGCAGCCACCUUAGCGUCCAGUCAGUACAGUCCACGCAAUCAAGUAACAAUCCGUUUGAAGACGAGGAGGAGACGCACAGUAUUAUUGAGAAGGAAGACAGUAAAACUAAAAACGUCAGCAGCUAUGAGAAGAGUUAUCCUACUGAGUGGUCAGACGACGAGUCUAACAAUCCCUUCACCAGCAACGACACCAAUGGUGACAGCAACCCAUUUGAUGAAGAUGCUACAGGAGGGAAAGAUGUUCGGGUCAGAGCUCUCUACGAUUACGAGGGCCAGGAGACGGAUGAACUUAGCUUUAAAGCUGGUGAGGAGUUUACGAAAACAGAAGAUGAGGAUGAACAGGGCUGGUGUAAAGGGCGCCUAGACGGUGGUCAAGUGGGCUUGUACCCAGCGAACUACGUAGAGGCGGUGCAGUGACACUCCAGCGGCUUCCUUUCUCCGCCUCUAGCGUACACCUAGUUCUCGUAAUAACCUGUAAUCUGUUCACUGGGAUGAGUUGAAUGCGACAUAACAUGUAUAUAUUGCAAUGUAAGGAGGAUACGGUUAACACUAGGAACGACUUGCAAUACAUUAGGUAGAACUGAGAUUCCUGAUGUUUGCUUUUAAUUAUUAUGUUUUGUUUUUGUUUUUUAACCUGCUCCCCUUUUCAAAGUUGCGGCACCGUUACAACACAGUAGCUGUUUUUGCCCAUUGAAAAAUCAGCGCAUUAAGGAAGAAACGACUAUACUUGUCUUCUCGCUGUGUUUCUUAUUUGUAUUGGUCGCUGUUGUGAGCCGUGCCUUGCAUUGACCGCAUUCACGUAUCCAUAUGAUUUGUUGGAAGUGACCUUUUCUGUAAUGUGGAAUAUAUAUAUGUAUAAAAAAAAUGUUUUUUUUGUUUUUUUAAACGUUGCAGUUCUGUAAUUUUUUUUUUUUUGGGGGGGGGGGGGGGGAGUUUUCUUUUUCUUAUUUAAAGCUGGGUAGAGAUCAGGCUUUUUUCUGUUUUUUUGUUUAUUUUUGGGCGGAAGUUUAAAGAUGCUCUUUUUAUGUUUUAAAUUAUGAGCUUGAUUUUUAUCUUGUGAUGUAACCAUGUGAUUCCUUUGUUGUAUAGUCCCAUUACCCAGCCCUAGGGAAAAUUAAUAUUGAUAGUGUUGACUUUAAUAAGUGUCUGUUACGGUAACUUGUGGCAGAGCUUGAAAUCCUGGUGCUGGGUCCACAUCCACCCACUAAUGUUUGUAUGUUUCUUUUUGCCCACCGCCAUCUUGCACCAGUCACGUCCCCGCUACCCUUGCUUUAUCAUUGGUCAGGGACCGAAUUUCAAACACUCUUCCAAAACCUAGGUGGGGGGGGGGGGGGGGGGGUAUUCAAUUGUUUGAAAAGUCAGUUGGGUGUCUGGUUUUUUUUUAUCCUAUCUAAUAGACAGGAAAAAAACAGACACCCAGCCGACUUUUCAAACAAUUGAAUAUCCCCCAUAAUGUCUGGAACAGUGGCUCAUUAUUGGUAACUAAUCUGCUGUGUUCUGGUCUUUUACCACCCGCGGUCCCUUUCCUCUACAAGUAACAUUCCCUGGUGUUGUACAGAGUUAUAGAUGUGUAGUAUCCUACUGUACCCGUCACAUUCCACCCUCAUAUUAAGUGUGACGCUAAUAGAUGGUCUCCUGACUGUCCGUUACGUUUUAGGCACCUUUUUAUUGUUGGUCGACAUAAGUAUUACAGAUUAACCCAUUCUUAGGUCCAACCAAGCCAUGAUAAUAUUUAUUUAGAGCUUCUAACGGUGGGAAAAGGGCUUUCGGGUUAUUGUACUAUUCAUAGACUUGAUUCGGAGAAGAGCUGUUUUAUGGUCAUCGGUUAAAUAAAGGCUUACAUAUGUGCUAAGACUUUCUUCACGUCGUCAUCUACUGUAAAAGUACCCAAACGCUGUGUUAGUUAUGUGCGUUUGUGUCUAUGGAAAAUAUAUUUAUGCCUCUAUAUAUAGAUAAAUAUAUAUAAAUAUAUAUAAACCAUUUGAACUAUUCAGAAGAGAAUCCUUUAACGCAUGUCGUCUCGUGGAUUUCAUGACAGACUAUGCCUGGAGACUGUUAACAAUUCUAGACCUUCGAUCCUUCCUGGUUUUUGCUGUAUCAUAGUCUUAAGUAUUCUGUGAUUCUGAGAAAUUUUUAGUAAUAAGUGAGAAAAAAAAAAAGUGUUGUGAUAAUGUAAUUUCAGAAUUUGGUGAGUUGUGCUUAAUAAGCUUUUUCAGUUCCGCGUGGAUUCCCCGUAGCGAAACACUGUACCGUCUUCCACAUCUAGAUGAAAGGGUCGGGAAGGUGGCAAUCCCAUUGCUUGGUCUCGUAAACCGAACCGUCGUCUUCCUAAAAUUUGAUCUGAGAAAGAAGACCAUCGCUUUUACCUCACAAAGUGGGUGCCACACGCCCAGGCAAUGCGUUAUGGAUCAGGAGCUGCAGUCGACACAAUCAAGUGGAUCCCUAGCGCGCGAACUACAUUGUUCUCAACCUGUCGGAGAUCUUCUUUCCCUCCCUUUUUUUUUUUUUUUCUUGAACCCUCUCUUUUUGGGAGCGACGUGCAAAUCCAUUUGGAACGAUGCAACCUCAUACGGCCUAAGGGACCUCCUGAUUUAUAAUGAUGUGUUGUCAAUAGUAGAACGUUUAUAAUGCAUUAUAUGGAAAUAUGUUGUUGAGGAAAGUCUUUACUGCAUAUAGCACAAAACUACAUGAAGCUGAAUUGUGGUAUAGGGUAAGUUGUGCCACACAACGAACUUUGGCUGUAAUCCUAUUAAAAGAAUACAAAUAUAUUUUAUUCAAAUUAA